GGCCUUUUUCUUCUUUUCAGCUUUUCAGCCGAGCGCUCUGUGUGUGGUGAGAGGCGGAGGAGAGAAAUGGCGGCGUUGAUGAAGUCAGUCACCGUCCGAGCUCUGAAGUUCUCGCCGGCGGUGAAAUUCAGGCUGACCCGAUGCGGCGGAACACCAGAACUCUCUAUUCGAUCAAUCUCUUCCGUCAUGUCGCCACCGUCAAAAGCCAUCGUGUACGAACAGCACGGCUCUCCCGAUUCUGUCACCAGAUUCGUGAAUCUCCCGCCGGUGGAAGUAAGAGAAAACGAUGUAUGCGUUAAAAUGCUCGCCGCACCGAUCAAUCCCUCUGAUAUCAACCGAAUUGAAGGUGUUUAUCCGGUGAGGCCUCCGGUACCAGCAAUUGGUGGUUAUGAAGGUGUUGGGGAAGUCUAUACAGUUGGCUCCAAGGUCAAUGGUCUUUCUCCUGGUGAUUGGGUUAUUCCAUCUCCACCAUCUUCAGGGACUUGGCAGACGUAUGUUGUGAAGGAGGAGAGUGUGUGGCACAAAAUCGACAAAACGUGUCCAAUGGAGUAUGCGGCGACGAUCACUGUUAAUCCAUUGACGGCUUUAAGGAUGCUUGAAGAUUUUGUGUCUUUAAACUCCGUAGGAGAUUCUGUGGUACAGAAUGGUGCAACGAGUAUCGUGGGUCAAUGUGUAAUCCAGUUAGCUCGGCUCCGUGGCAUCAGUACCAUCAAUAUUAUACGUGACAGGGCUGGGUCGGAUGAUGCAAAAGAGAAUCUGAAAGCUCUAGGUGCAGACGAAGUGUUUUCAGAGAGUCAACUCAAUGUCAAGAACGUGAAAAGUCUUUUGGGGAACUUACCUGAACCAGCUCUGGGAUUCAACUGUGUUGGUGGCAUUGCUGCCUCUCUUGUGCUCAAAUUUCUGAGGGAAGGAGGAACCAUAGUAACAUAUGGUGGUAUGUCUAAGAAGCCAAUCACUGUGUCAACAACUUCUUUCAUCUUUAAGGAUUUGGCCUUGAGAGGAUUCUGGCUGCAGAAUUGGUUGAGUUUAGGUAAAGUAAAAGAAUGCAGAGAGAUGAUAGACUAUCUCCUUGGGCUUGCUCGGGACGGGAAGCUAAAAUACGAAACGGAAUUGGUUCCUUUCGAGGAGUUCUCUGUUGCUCUUGAUAAAUCUCUUGGGAAGUUAGGUAGACAACCUAAACAAGUCAUCACAUUCUGAAGCUUCGUUUCUUGUGAGGCGUUUAGUAAGUGUUUGCCACCUCUGAUUAGUAUUUAGCUAUUAGUAAUCUGAUAAUUCACAAUGUACUUUUAUUGUAAUCUCUGUUUCUUCUUGUCUAAUGUAACAGAAACAAUAAUAAUGUUAAGACUUGAGAAACCAGAAUAAAUCAUUAUGCUCAUUUUCAGA